AUGGAGGUGGCCCUGGUAGACUUUGAGAGCCUGGAUUGUCUUAAUGGCAGCCUUGAGGAUGACACCUAUGCUGAUGAGACCACAGCUCUCACAGUGGACAUGCCCCAAGAGCAGGGCAAUUCAGGGAGCCACUACCUUAGGCGAUCCUCUAAAGUUUCCUCCACGCUUUUGCCCUCUUGCAUUUGGGAAUCCCGCUCAUCUACGCCCACUCCACCCACACAGAUUCCAGGAAUACCCCAAUCCCCAAACAUGGCAACCCCAAGCCGACAGGGGCGCACAAGCUGCGCCAGCAUGAUCUCCAACUGGAAAUUGCUUCUGAACAGCGAGGGCACUAAGGAGAGUGAGACCAUCUUCAGAAAGCUUGCAAAGGAGUGCUGCGAGGAUCUGUUUGUAGAUAAACGAGGGCUGGAUGAUGGAGAACAGAAAGUCAUCAUCAACAUCGCUGGUCUUCGUUUUGAGACGCAGCUCAAAACUUUGGACCAGUUUCCUGAGACGCUGUUAGGAGAUCCUUUAAAGAGGAUGGACUACUUUGAUCCAAUGAGGAACGAGUACUUCUUUGACCGGAACCGACCUAGCUUUGAUGGCAUUUUGUACUACUACCAGUCAGGGGGUAAGAUCAGACGUCCUGCUAAUGUUCCCCUGGAUGUGUUUGCUGAUGAAAUUCUAUUCUAUCAGCUUGGAAGCGAGGCCAUGGAGCAGUUCAGAGAAGAAGAAGGAUUCAUAAAGGAUGUUGACAUCCCUCUACCUGAUAAUGAUCUGUGCAGGCAAUUCUGGUUGCUUUUUGAGUACCCAGAGAGCUCUAACGCAGCUCGAGGUGUAGCCCUGGUGUCUGUUUUUGUUAUUGUCAUAUCUAUAAUUAUUUUCUGCAUGGAAACGCUGCCAGAAUUCAGAGAUGAAACUGACCCAAUUGUGCCCACAGCAGUACAGCCUUUCAACAUAUCCAGAUUAUACAGUUCUGAGGCUCCAUCUGGAAAACCCACCACUUUCUCUGAUCCCUUCUUCUUCAUUGAGACGGCCUGCAUUGCUUGGUUCUUCUUUGAGCUGUGUGUGAGAUUUUUGGUCUGUCCUAGCAAAAGGGAAUUUUUCAACAACCUCAUGAACAUCAUUGACAUUAUAUCCAUCAUCCCUUAUUUUGUUACCCUGUUUUCAGAAUUGCUCACAAAGCCACAAGAGAACUCAGGGCAGAACAUGUCUUUGGCAAUUCUGCGUAUCAUCCGUCUAGUCAGGGUGUUUCGUAUUUUUAAACUCUCACGCCACUCCAAGGGGCUACAGAUCCUUGGACAGACUCUAAAGGCCAGCAUGCGUGAGCUUGGGUUGCUCAUCUUCUUCCUCUUCAUCGGAGUCAUCCUCUUCUCAAGUGCUAUCUACUUUGCUGAGGUAGAUGAGCCCAACACACAGUUUGUCAGCAUACCUGAUGGCUUCUGGUGGGCUGUGGUUACCAUGACCACUGUAGGCUAUGGGGACAUGUGUCCUAUUACCAUGGGGGGUAAAAUGGUGGGCACCUUGUGUGCCAUCGCAGGUGUGCUGACCAUUGCUCUGCCUGUUCCCGUCAUUGUUUCCAACUUCAACUACUUCUAUCACAGAGAGACGGAAGCAGAGGACAAGGUGCCCUUGGCAGAUGCAGUUGAGCAAGCCAUAAAGAGUGAGUCGAGCCCCAAUGAGAGCAGCAACAGCUCGAUCAAAAAGGCUAACGGCACUUGGCGGAUGGACACAGAGAAAUAACUGAACAAGAACACAAUUUAGGAAGGGAGACUUUGAUGCAAAGCAGCAAAGAAAUAGUAAAGAAGAAUAAAAAGGAACUGAACUCAAAAGAUCAAUGAGAUAAAAUAAUUGUAUGUUGCAAAAAUGUGUUUUCUAAGGAUAAAUGGGACGUUCUUACCUCUUUUGUCUAAUAUGUAUACAAUUACAUGUUUUAGAUACCAUGUUCAAGCUAGUAUGUCAUAAUAUUUCCAGUUAAGGACUUUUUUCCUUAGUUGCAUAGAAACAAAACAAAACAAAAUCCUUUACUGUAAAGCUUCUUCUCUGUCAUAAAGCAAAGGUCUUGCAGUCAUUUAUAAUAAACGUUAAGUCAUAAUGCAGGAUAUUUAUAUGAUUAUGCUUCAGGUCACUUUUAUUUGAAACAAUCAGCUAAUGUAGGCAACAGGUCUCAAACAUUGAUAUUGGUCAAAUUGUUUGUCCUUCUCGUCAUUCAGAAUGUAUGUUCUGUGCCACAGUCUGCAGAUAACUGCUCAAAAUGAUGACUGACUGAUGGCCACUUAGACACAAAACUGGAUUGUUAACAUUAACCAAAAAGGAAAACACAUUUUUUCUUUCCGUUUCUAGUUAAGUGUGUUUAGUUUCUAGGUAACAGCCCCACCCCAACUUUGUCACAAUUCUAUAAUAUUUUAAUUCAUCCACUUAGAGUCGCAAAGGUAAUUAUCUUCCACUCUUUUUAUUUGUCAAACUGACUCCACACUAUGUAUAAUAAUGCAGUGCCUUAAAUUAUUUAUGUUGGGAUAUUGUUGACUUCGCCAUACAUAAUCUUACUGUAAUACUUUUGUUUAUAAUGCAUAUGCUCAGUAUUAUUGAUUUAAGUUUGGUUGAAAAUGUAGACGUUGUAACAUUUCCAGGAUUUUUUAUUAUUUUCCAAAAUGCUCCACGACAAAGAAAUGCAUUCUGACCCGAAAUACAAUUUAACAUAUCCAAAGUACAGGGGAUCCUAUAGAAACUAUCUGUUUAAAAUCAUAAUUUUGUCAGUGAGGUGGAACUUGUUCUAAGGAACUUUAUUUAGACAGCAAGAUCAAAAACAAUGCAAGUGAAGAAGAGAACCAAGAAGCCAAAGGUAACGCUGGAUUUAGGAAAUAAAGGGAACUGUUAGAAGACAGGGAAGCAUGGCAGGUCAAAAUAUCAUAAUCCAUCUUAUUUUUGAGGAGUAAUUGCAAAUUAUGCUGUAUCAGUGUAAUGCUCUUUUGAUUUAUUUUAUGACUAUUUGUUUUAUAAUAUAUUUUCCUAUUUUAAUAGCAACCUUGGAAAGUCAUUUGUUGAUUGGGCUCCAGGAAUAUGUUGAUAAAAAGCUGGAGGCUCGUGCUAUAUCUUCUCACAGAGCAUAUGAUUGAAGAUGAUUCAUUAUUAUGUGUUUUCUGUGCUUUUGACAAGCAGCUGUAUUGAGAUGAUGAUAUUCAUUUUCACGAUAGUCAGUUCCCGUGUCUGUAGAGUCACUGUUGUGCAACAACUUCGGAGGUAGC